CAGUGGAUCUCUGCAGUCCAGGGCUCAGCCUGCAGYACGUUCUUAGCAGUAUCUCCUCCCCACGCUCCUAUUCUACCCCCCCACCCCUCGACUCCUCUCAGUUUCAGCCUCUUCUUUCCUGUCGUCUCAGUUUGUUUGCUUGGCUUUUUGGUCAUCAACUCUGAUUGCUUUUGCUGCCUCCUCUCCACUCUUCACUCCGUGUUGUGCUCCUGCUUCAGUCUGAACCUUCUUAUUUGUUUGUCUGGUGGAUGGAGUAAGGCGCUCUUUCAGCACCUGCACUCUCUGCUCCUCCUCUUUGCCUCACAUCUCAUGGGCAUCCGUGCAUCUCACAGACCAGAGCCUCAUGGUCGUGGAGUUGCCACUCAGCAGGGUCAAGCAGAGUCUCCCUUUCCAGAGCAGGAUGAGGAGAUCCUGGGCUCCGAUGAUGACGAGCAGGAAGAUCCCAAUGAUUAUUGCAGAGGUGGAUAUCAUCAUGUGAAGAUUGGCGACUUGUUCAACGGGAGAUACCAUGUGAUCCGGAAGCUGGGCUGGGGUCACUUCUCCACUGUGUGGCUGGCCUGGGACAUCCAGGAGCGGCGCUUUGUGGCCAUGAAGGUUGUGAAAAGUGCCGAACAUUACACUGAGACGGCUCUGGAUGAAAUCAAGCUGCUCAAAUCUGUAAGAAACACAGACCCCAGAGACCCCAACAGGGAGAAAGUAGUGCAGCUGCUAGAUGACUUCAAAAUUUCUGGCAUGAAUGGAACUCAUGUGUGUAUGGUCUUUGAGGUUUUGGGCUAUCACCUCCUGAAGUGGAUUAUUAAAUCAAAUUAUCAAGGCCUGCCUCAACCUUGUGUGAAAAGCAUCAUAAGACAGGUUCUGCAGGGCCUUGACUACCUUCACACCAAGUGUAAGAUAAUUCACACGGACGUUAAACCAGAGAACAUUCUGCUGACUGUCAACGAGCCGUACAUUAAGAAGAUGGCUGCUGAAGCUACUCAGUGGCAGAAGUCUGGGGCUCCACCUCCCUCUGGAUCUGCAGUGAGCACAGCCCCAGCACCCAAACCGACAGCCAAAAUGUCAAAGAACAAAAAGAAGAAGAUGAAGAAGAAGCAAAAGAAGCAGGCAGAACUGCUGGAGAAGAGGAUUCAGGAGAUGGAGGGAGGAGCUCUGCCUGAUGGAGGGGAGGAAGAGGAUGAUGAGGAGACAGAGGCCAAUGAAGAUGUAUCUUCCUCUGCCACCCUUCCUGUUUCUGCUACACUGCAGGACUUCACUAAUCAGUCUAGCACAGACUCGACUCCUGAUGAGCAGCCCCAACACAUGUCUCAGCUACUUGAACCUAAAGAGGCGGCGGUCGUGGAGCAGAACCGAAUGGAAGUCAACUGUAAUGGCCACGCGUCCUCACCAGAGAGCAAAACCAGUUCAGGGGAACAAGAAACCAAGCAGUCUGCAAAGGAGCUGGAGGACCAACAGAACGCAAACCAACCAGAAAACAACACAGAGACUCAGGAUACAUUAUGUAACAAAGAACAGGAGGAGAUCUGUAAAGCUUCAUGUGGAGAACCAGAACCAGCUGUGCAGCAGCUCCCUUCAUCCCUCAGCUCAGAUGAUGCUGUGGAACAAAAUGAGGGCGAAACGGAGCAAAAGAAGAUGGAGGACAUGGACACUCAAGGAGAGAGCAAACAAGGGAAUGAAGAGGAGGACAGUCAGAGUGAUUCAGCAGGCAGUAUGUUAGUCAACCCUCUGGAGCCUCUGAAUGCUGACAAGCUGCAGGUUAAGAUUGCUGACCUUGGAAAYGCCUGCUGGGUGAACAAACACUUCACAGAUGACAUCCAGACACGGCAGUACCGUUCGCUCGAGGUUCUGAUUGGAGCCGGCUACAGCACACCAGCAGACAUUUGGAGCACAGCCUGCAUGGCCUUUGAGCUUGCAACAGGAGAUUAUCUUUUUGAACCCCACUCUGGAGAAGACUACUCCAGAGACGAAGAUCACAUAGCGCUCAUCAUUGAGCUGCUGGGAAAAGUUCCUCGGAAGCUGAUCUUGUCGGGCAAAUACACCAAGGAUUUUUUCACCAAGAAAGGCGAUCUGCGUCACAUCACCAAGCUGAAGCCCUGGGGUCUGCUUGACGUGCUGGUAGAAAAGUAUGAGUGGUCCAAAGAGGAGGCGCACUGUUUCAGCAGCUUUCUGCUGCCCAUGCUGGACCUGGUGCCUGAAAGGAGGGCCACAGCAGCUCAGUGCCUCUCCCAUCCAUGGCUCACGUCCUAGAGGCCACACGUGCACCCCGCUGCUCUUUAUACUUCAAGAAUUCAUUAGGUUUCCUGAAGAAAACUCACGGUAAACAAGUACGCUCCUGUCUCUAAGAGCCUAAUUGUGCCUACACUGUGUUAUGUUCCAGCAUAGCUACACAUUCAGUGGACAGAGAAACUGCAGUCUUGUUAUGGUUUUCAUGUUUAUUUAAAUUUAACUCCAGGUAUUUACUUUUUUACUCAUCUAAUAAAACUUUAGCUUUUUUCUUUCAGACUGCUGCUAUUUCUCUACUUCUCACUGUUAAAAUUGAAAUACAUGUGCACUUUUUUCUCGUUGCAAAUGUAAAAAGCAGAAUGCUAUCAAAAACAAAAUGUCUCAAAGCCACUGACGAGCCAAAUCUGCUUCUCAGUCAUCGUUUCACGUGUGCCAGUUUUCAUACAUGUAGCUUAAAAUGCUGUGAUCGGAGUUCAUUUCUGCUUAGUGAGAAACAGACCAAAGCUGAACUCAUCACGUUAAAGGUUAAAAACUACAAUCCUAUUUCUACAUUUGUACACAGAGCACCACAAGAUCAGAAAUCAGAUUUUCAUACAUUCGAGUUGACAUGUGAUUGUAGGUAUUUUUAUUUUAAAGUGUCUGAAUUAGUUUAAAAGACAUUUGUUAUAACACAAUAAGAACAAAUAUUGGAUUAUUUCUUUUCAUAUUGCAUGACCUGGCAGAUAAUUUACAGGAGUAUUUCUUUAUUAAGUUACCUGUUUUGAGAGGCUUGUUUUUGUCAUCUUGUGUACAGUCAUUUUCCAAAGUUACUUUCCAGUUGUUGAACAGAUGAAGAAAGUGAAAUCUGAAGGGCUUCUAAAUGUAUUUCUAUCGUUUUAAAUGCUUUGAAACACCAUCGCGCAAUAAAUGUGCCGGAGUGUUUGAAAAAGGUUGUACUAAGUAUAAAUAAUGACUCAUCCCAGAUGUGCAUUUUUCUAACACAAGUCUCUUUUCUUCAUGUCUUCCUUUUACUUUUCUGUGAAAGUAUUCAGAAUAAACAUCGUUUCAAAUUUA